UGCCAAGUCGCACUCUGCACGGUCUGCAACGAGCACAGAAAUCGCGAAUCUUUACCGUGGUUGUCGUCGCAAUUGCCGUCGUCGACACUUGGCCACUCUUUUGCAGCUACUUCGUCGUUAUCCUUAUCGUCACUGUAUAGCAAAAGUCGUCCGCCUUCCGCUCCGACUAACUCGUCCGCAACAUGAACCGGGCAUUAAUAUUGCUUCUAUCAAUUGUUUUUGUUGUUGCUGAAUCACCAUAUGGUGGUGGAAGUGGCAAUAGCAAUGGAAAUGGUAGAAAUGGAGGAUACGGAGGGAAAGGACAAUACGGUGGAGGAAAUGGCGGCGGAGUAGGUUCAUCAUCAGCCAGUCCAUUUUUCAGUGGUGCUAAUCAAUAUGGAUCUCAAUCCGGAUUAUCAGGAGGAGCCAAUAAUCGAUAUUCUUCAUUUGGAUCUAAAUUUGGAGGUAACAAAGGAAGCUAUGGAGGAUCUAAUUCACGUAACAACGGUCGAUAUGGAAGUGGAUCGACAAAUGGUUAUGGAAGUGGUUCUUCAGGUAGUCUAGGUGGCACUGGAAGAUCAAAUGGAGGUUAUGGAGGUGGAUCCUCAGGAAGUUAUGGAAGUGGUUCUUCAGGUAGUUUAGGUAGUUCUGCUGGAUCGAUUUAUGGGUCUGGCUCUUCAGGAGGCUUCGGCAGUGGAUCAUCUGGAAGCUACGGAGGAGGAUCUUCGGGAGGCUUCGGCGGUGGAUCAUCAGGAAGCUAUGGAGGAGGAUCUUCGGGAGGCCUCGGCGGUGGAUCAUCAGGAAGCUAUGGAGGAGGAUCUUCGGGAGGCCUCGGCGGUGGAUCUUCUGGAAAUUAUGGAAGUGGUAGUGGAGGACUUGGAGGAUCUUCAGGCAAUAAUGAUGGUUAUGGAGCUGGAGGUGAUCAACUUGGAGGAGCCAAUGGUAAUGGACUCGGUGGAUCAGGAAACGAUCCUCUCUCGGAACCAGCCAACUAUGAAUUUUCUUACGAAGUUAAUGCGCCGGAAUCUGGUGCUAUUUUUGGUCAUAAAGAAAGCCGUCAAGGUGAAGAAGCUACUGGAGUGUAUCAUGUACUCUUACCAGAUGGUCGAACACAAAUUGUUGAAUAUGAAGCUGAUGAAGAUGGUUACAAACCUAAAAUUACAUAUACUGACCCAGUAGGAGGAUAUGCUGGUGAUCGUCAAUCUGGAAAUGGAGGCUUUGGUGGUUCAGGAAGUUUGGGGGGAAGUGGUGGUAAUUCGGGAGGUCUUUACAAUGGCGGUAGUAGAUAUGGAGGAUCUGGCGGUUCUAGUGGAAGUGGCUUAGGAGGUGGGUAUGGCGGAUCCGAUGGAUCUGGUGGAUCAAAUGGUGGCUCAGGAGGUGGAUAUGGUGGAUCCGGUGGCCUAGGAAGCGGAUUUGGUGGAUCCGGUGGCCUAGGAGGUGGAUAUGGUGGAUCCGGUGGAUCCGGUGGUCUAGGAGGUGGAUAUGGUGGAUCCGGUGGUUCAAGUGGUGGCUUAGGAGGUGGAUAUGGUGGAUCCGGUGGAUCAAGUGGAGGUCUAGGAGGUGGAUAUGGUGGUUCCGGUGGUUCAAGUGGUGGUCUAGGGGGUGGUUAUGGUGGAACUGGUGGAUCAAGUGGUGGUUUAGGAGGUGGAUAUGGUGGAUCCGGUGGAUCAAGUGGUGGCUUAGGAGGUGGAUAUGGUGGAUCCGGUGGAUCAAGUGGUGGUCUAGGAGGUGGAUAUGGUGGAUCAGGAGGUUCUAGUGGUAGUGGCUUAGGUGGUGGAUAUGGUGGAUCGGGAAGCUCAAGCGGUGGUCUAGGAGGAGGAUAUGGAGGAUCCGGUGGUUCAAGUAGUGGUCUAGGUGGAUCUUAUGGUAGUAAUCGUAAUGGUUUAGGAAGUGGGUCAUCUUAUUAGUACUAUAUUUGUUGCUCAAAUUUAUAAUCAUCUUAUUAUUAAAUUUAAAGUAUUUACUCAUUAAAUAAAUAAAUAAAUACCUACUACGAUACCAUUUUUUAGUUGUAUCGUUAAUAUUAUUCCAUUUAUAGUAUUAUAAACAUUGGUGUUUAUAUUCACAAAUUUUAUAUUUGUGUGUUUUGCACAGUUUAGUUUUUGGUUGC